AUGGACGAUCACCCCGGUGAGCACGAAUCAGCCGUUGAAACGGUGAUGGAGAAGAUCUCUGAGAAGUUGCAUGGCCACGAUUCGUCGUCUUCAGAUUCCGACGAUGAUAAGAACCACUCGUCGCCCGUGGCUUCCGUCAAAACCAAGAUCUAUCGUCUCUUUGGGAGAGAAAAGCCCGUUCAUAAAGUUCUAGGUGGAGGAAAACCUGCUGAUGUUUUCCUCUGGAGGAACAAGAAAAUUUCUGCUGGUGUGAUAGGUGUUGCCACUGCUAUUUGGGUGUUUUUUGAAUUGUUUGAAUACCACUUGCUCACUCUUGUGUGCCAUAUUCUGAUACUUUCUCUGGCAAUCCUUUUCCUGUGGUCAAAUGCAUCCUCAUUUAUCAACAAGUCUCCACCACCAAUCCCAGAAGUUGCACUGUCUGAGGAUAUAGUCCUGGGUGUAGCCUCUGCCUUCAUUAUUGAAAUCAAUAGAGCUCUUGCAAUCCUCCAAAAUAUUGCAUCCGGGAGAGAUUUGAAGAAGUUUCUAGCUGUAAUCUCUGGCGCUUGGGUUCUUUCAAUUUUGGGAAGUUGCUGUAACUUCCUGACGUUGUUCUACAUAUCUUUCGUUUUGCUGCAUACAGUGCCCGUGCUCUAUGAGAAAUACGAGGACCAGGUAGACUCCUUUGCCGAGAAAAUAGAGGCCAAGCUCAAGAAGCAGUAUGUGGUGUUUAAUGCCAAGGUUCUAAGUCAGAUUCCGAGAGGGCCACUGAAAGACAAGAAGCUGGCAUAA